GUGACGGAGUAAAGAUCGGAAACUCCAGGUACGAUAAUCUAUCAAACAUUUAAGCAAAUCGCCAUCGCGUUUCCAUGAGAAGAGAAGUGCAGAACAUUAAUUUUAAAAUCAGCCUGAUCAGUGAUGAAGGGAUUGGCGUUCUAUCUGCUCCUCGUUGUAGCGUUAAUGGUGUGUGUCUUCGUCAGCCACACUGCCGCAAACUCUGCGUGCGACUCCCAGCCUUGCCUUAAUAACGGAGUAUGUGUCAAUCGUGCUGACAUACCGCAUGGUUUUGAGUGUAAAUGUCGCGGAAAUACAUAUGGAAAGUGGUGCAACAAAGUGCCGUGUGCAGCACAUGCCGAAUGCAUCGAAGUUAAAAUGAGCGGCAAUUUAAAGAAGAGGCCCUUAAAUAGUGCUGGAUGCAAUGCAAAAAAUGACCAAUAUUGUCUUUGUCAAAAGAACUUCUUUGGAAACGGGUACAUGUCCUGCUCUGAAAUUUGUGAGGAUCGGUCCUGUAGUAAUAAUAGAACAUGUGUUUACCUCGAUGGCAGGGAUGCCAAAUGCCAAUGUUCUGAAGGAUCAGUAAGCACUUGCAAAAAAGUGUCUUGUGCGGCCAACGCUGAAUGUGUUGUGGACAGAAUUAACAACAAUAUAGAGAAAAAGCCGAAAGAAAAUAAUGACUGCAUUCAACAUAGUGGUCAAUACUGUGUUUGCAAAAAGGGGUUCAAAGGCAAUGGAUAUACCUCCUGUACUAAAAUCACAGCUUGCGACUCUCAGCCUUGCUUGAAUGGUGGGACAUGCUCGGAUCUCGAUAAUGGUAACUUCCGGUGUCAAUGUUCAGGCAGAAGAUCCGGCCUUACCUGCAACAUAGUUCAUUGUGCGACAAACGCCGAAUGUGUAAUGAAAUUAAAGGACGGCACGAUUAGGAAAAUGCCCGAUGAAAAUGAUGAAUGCAAUACAGUGUUCAACCACUAUUGCGUCUGUAAAGAUGGCUACCAUGGGAACGGAAAUACCUCCUGUGUUCGGGCGGAUCAAGGAUUAUUUGAAGGGAGGGGGGGUCCGCAGAUGCGAAGCCUACCUUACCCCCCUAACCUGCGCCCAUUCUGGACGUGGGGUUUGGAACCCACUGAAUGGUCCCAAAAGUUUUGGUAUUUAAGAAGGCAAAUGAUGCCAUUUGGAUCAACUCAAUGAACUCCCUACUGGAGAUGACGAAAUAUUCUACAAAGGAAGACAUGUUUCUUUGACUAAACUAUAGCUGUCAUUCACGUGGAAGACAGGCAGAUUUAGAGAACAGUUGACAUUUGUGUGAAUUUAGUGAAUCAAUUUGGAACAUAUUGUUGACAAUAAAUCAUUUUCCACAUUCCACUUGAUAUUCUUGAUGUGUUCCUAAAUGUCCAUUUUUUAAAAACAUUUUUUCCUUUGACAUAAAAUUAUAUUUUCCCUUUCUACUGCAUUUCUUGAAACUAACAAUAAUGAAAAAUCAUAAGUCAAGAAUUUUUUGU